CUGAAAAUAAAAAUAAAAAUAUAUAUAUACAUAUUUGUUGCCUGCCACCAUGGGAAGUGAAGGUGAUUGCAAGACUAAUCAAAGGAAACCCAGAUUUCUUUGCCUUCAUGGAUUUCGAACGAGUGGAGCAAUUUUGAAGAAGCAAAUAUUUGAUAAAUGGCCAACUCAAGUGGUGGAUAAAUUGGAUCUAGUUUUUGUUGAUGCGCCUUUUCCAUCUCAAGGCAAAUCUGAAGUUGAAGGCAUCUUUGACCCUCCCUAUUACGAGUGGUUCCAAUUCAAUAAGGAAUUUACAGAGUAUGAGAAUUUUGAUAAAUGUCUUGAAUACAUAGAAGAAUGUAUGAUUAAGCAUGGACCUUUCGAUGGUCUUCUUGGUUUUUCUCAGGGGGCAAUUCUUUCUGGAGGAUUGUCCGGGUUGCAGGCUAAGGAAGUGGGACUUACAAAGGUUCCAAAAAUAAAAAAUCUGAUAAUAAUUGGAGGUGCUAAAUUUCAGAAUAAAUCUGUGGCCGAAAAGGCUUAUUCAUCAGCAAUUACAUGCCCUUCCCUUCAUUUUUUAGGUGAGAAAGAUUACCUAAAGAAGUAUGGGAUUGAACUGUUGGAAUCAUGUGUUGAUCCAGUGGUGAUUCAUCAUCCUAGGGGCCACACUAUACCAAGAUUUGAUGAGAAAGGAUUAGAGAGUAUGCUUAGUUUCAUUGAGAAGGUGCAAGCAGAGAUUAACAAGUGAACAAGUUUGAUAAUUUUUUU